UAAAACCACAUCUUCAUUCCUAAAACCAAGAAACAGAACAAGUCCAUACCCCCACUCUGUCUUCUUCCAUGGAGUCUUCUCUUGUUCUCUGUUCUCAAUGGUCUGAUCUUCCUUUAGACCUUCUUGAGCAGAUCUCCGAUUGCAUCAACGCCGUCUCAUCAGACACCGUUGAUCUCCUCUGUCUCCGCUCUGUAUGUGCCACGUGGCGUCUCUCUCUUCCUCUCUCCGACAAAAACAGUAACCCUUUGUCUGAAUUUACAACUCACCUCCCUUUCUGGUCAUCUUCUUCUUCUGGUUCCUUCAUUCUGAAACAUAGCAGUGUUUACAAACUCCAAGCUCCACAUAAGAGUUUGGAUCCCACAAGCUGGUUGGUGAAGCUUCAGGAGACAUCUCCAGGGAAAAUGCGAGUCUUGGAUCUCUUCUCAAACGACAGACUCUGUUGCUUACCAGAGAACUUCCCGGGAAAAAUCGACUUGCGGGAAUCUCAUGUGAGAUUAGUCCGUAGAGCUUACCGUGUGGAGUACGCAAACAAAGGUGGUGGCGAGAUGUCUUCUUUCUGGUCACUGAGUUCCGACAAAGUGGUGGUUCUGUCUUCAAGGGGACACUCUGCUGCUGUAAUGGCUAUCCACAGCGGUGGAAAACUAGGGUUCUUGAAAAGCGGAGACGAUGAAAGCUGGAGGAUCUUGGAUAACUCGUGGAACGUGACUUACGAGGACAUAAUGGCGUACGGAAAAAACUGCAUCGUGGUGGACGACAAGGGUAAAACCGUAAUUUACGAUGUGGAGUUCAAGGUUUCGGAGUUGGCUGAAGGCUUAGCCGGAGGAGGCGGUCACAAGAAGCAUCUGGUGGAAUGUUACGGAGGAGAAGUGUUGCUUGUGGACAAGUACGUGAAACACGUUUGGUGCAAAUCGGAUUUUUCGAAGUCUGCGGUGGAGUUUAGAGUGUACAAGCUGAAGAAAGAAGAGAAGAGAUGGGAGGAAGUGAGGGAACUGGGAAGAGAUGUGGCUCUGUUCAUUGGUGAAGACUGUUCUUUCUCCAUCGAGACUAUGGACGGUGAUGCGGGCGGAGGUUGUAUAUUUUAUAAAGAUUAUAGGAAUGGAGGAAGAAGCAGAGGGGUUUACAGUGACGGUGAAGGCGUCUUCAAUGUGGAGUUGAAAGACGCGGGGAAAUAUUGGGUUUCAUACUAAGCCCAAAUUUUUCGGCC